AUGUUCUGCAGAGUCAACGACUUGCCCCUGCUCAAGCAUCAAUCAGAGGCGGCAGCCUCUAAUCCCGCCUGGGGGGCGCAUUGUUUCUGUUGCUUCCUUUGCUUGGCUGCUGCGGCACAGGCGGGCAGCAGCAGCAGCGGUAGCGGGAGCAACUCCUCUACAGCGCUUGCCAAGGAUGCCACGCAUACGUAUAAAAUCAGAAGGCAGGACAAAUACCAGCAGCAACAGUUGCCACAACAGUUGCAGCUGCGGGGCAGCCAGAGCGAUGUUGUACCAGCUAUGCAACAAAAACAACUGAAAAGACGAACACAUGCACUCAACAAGAAGAUGCUCAGCAAACUGGGCUUUGUGAAGGUGAAGGCGCCGAAUAGCCAUAACCGGAAACGCUUGGCUGUUGAAUCACGACGUCAUGCAUCGCGGGAUGAUUCACACAUGUUCAUCAUCAAAUUGCCGCCAAAUCUGCACUACUACACAGGGCCCAACAGCGUGCGGAAUACACUGGAUGCUGUCAAGGGGCAACAGCAGGAGCAGAAGAAACAACAACAGCAGCAGCCAGAGAAGUCUCAUCAAAUGAGCAACGGCAUCCAUGACAACGCACCCAACAUGCCAGCGCAGGCCAGCGAGGCGUCGGCGUUGAAAACUAACGGGAAAAAGGUUUCAUUUCCGUUUAGCUCGAAUGGACGACCGGCUCGUAUCUAUCAUUGGAAUCUGCCUGUGCUGAAGCAGGCGCUGCAAAAGAAUCCGCAUUUUGCGCACGUCUCAGCGGCGGAUCGCAAUCGUCUGCUGGACAUUGAGAAGAUACCGACAUGGCGUAAACCCUGGGAGAAUGACACGAUCGAGAAGUCCUUUACAGCGGGCAGCGGCAAAUCCAAGUACAGGAAAUCGCUGAAGCAAAAGUCGCCCACAUACUAUGCACCCUCGCAGGUGGUCAACAAGCAAAGCUUCCACAAAUACUUUGCCGGCAAUGGCAAGCCCAAAGGGCUCUACGUGAUCAAGGAGCACCAGACGAAGCCGCAGUUCUAUCAAAAUAUCAUAUCAUAAGAUUUUUACUUUCACU